CUCGCUAUAAUUAAACUUUUCUUGAAUCAUUAUUAAAAUGAGUGAACCUCCUGAUUACGGCGAAAAGGGAAACAUUAGCAAAGAAGAAGAGGCCAGUUAUAGUAAAGAACUUGCUGCUGAUGGGCUUCCUUCUUAUCACUCUACCUUAAAUGAUUUCAAGGAAAAGGAUUCUUAUCAGGAAGAUAAUUUUCCUACGGAACCACCUCCUGAUUAUAAUUCUAUUCUACAUCAAACCAAAAGGCCUUCAAAUUCCAAUACAGUAUACGCACUUGAAAUUAGUGCUGAUGAAUUUUAUGCCAAGCCCACUCCUUUGAAAAGCAAAUUAUAUUUACUAAAGAACGCAAUUCGCUGUUCCAGAUGCGGGCGAAAACUUUUAAUCGAAGAUCAGAAAAUGGUGAAAUGUGGAUUUUGCAAGACAAUAACUUGUAGAAAAGAUGCUGUACCGAUUGAUCCUCAAACUAAAUUUAUACGUUGUUCAGGAUCUUGCUUUGGACUUUUUAUUGUUCCCAAAGAUGAAGGAGAAUAUAUUUGCCCUGUUGAAAACAAGCUCUUUCCAGUUAACGAUUUGCUUAAGUAAAAAAUAU